AGGAGGGUUUGGGGGUGUGCAGACACUGAGGGGAGGGGAGAAGGGUUUGGGGGUGUGCAGACACUGAGGGAGAUCAGGGGACUGCAGGCUGUGGGGGUGGGGAGGUGCAGAGCACUGCUGCUGUCUGGACUUGCUGUGCUGUGGCUGUGGUGGACGAUGCCCCAGUGGCCGCUCUGAUCUCUCCCAGGAUGUUGGGGCUGAAGAAAACCUCUUUCACCACCUUGAUAGUCGGCGUCUUCGUCGCCUACGUGCUCCACACGUGCUGGGUAAUGUACGGGAUCAUUUACACUAAGUCCUGUGCAAGCCGCAAGACCAAGAGCUGCAUCAAGCCCUAUCUGGUUGAAAACCCCAGGAUGCAGCUGAGCAUCUAUACUUCAACAAAAAACAGUGUUACCGAUGGAGCCAAUCUAAACCUCAUAUUGAACAUAGACCAUUUUGAUGUGAACUCUAAAUUUGAGAGGAUUGUCAAUAUUUCGUUACCAAAGAAAACACGCAGCAAUGGAACACUGUACGCUCACCUGUUUCUCCAUCAUGUUGGUGUGAUACCUUGGCAUGACAGCAAACAUGUGUAUGCAGUUGGUCACCUUACAGCAUACAUGGUCCCGAAACCUGAGGAAAUCAACCUAAUCACAGGAGAGACCGAUGGUCAGCCAGUGGUGACUAAUGCUGAAACUAAAGUGUUUGACCAGCCUGCUGCUCACUGGAGAUCCCGGCUCACCAUCAAUAUUAUGACAGACAACUUCACUUUUGAUGGAUCUGCUCUUCCAGCUGAUGUACACAGAUAUCUGAGAUUGUUGCAACACGGAAAGCAAGUUCAGUAUCUUCCAAUACUGUUUCUUGAUGAGCUCAGCAAUCGAGUGAGAGACCUGCUUAUCAUAAAUGCUACAUCGAUUACAUUACCUUUGACUAUCUGCUAUGAAGCAAUAUCGCUAGGAAAAUUACGGUUUUGGACCCACAUGCAAGAAGCAGUAUUUUCAUUACAGCGAUUUGGUUUCACUGAAAAAGAUGUUGAUGAAGUAAAAGGAAUCUUUGUGGAUACCAACCUCUACUUUUUGGCUUUGACAUUUUUUGUGGCAGCGUUCCAUCUCCUGUUCGAUUUCUUGGCCUUUAAAAAUGAUAUUAGCUUUUGGAGAAGGAAGAACAACAUGGUUGGGAUGUCCACUAAAGCAGUUCUUUGGCGGUGCUUCAGUACUAUCAUGAUAUUUCUUUUCCUGCUGGAUGAGCAAACCAGUUUAUUAGUACUUAUUCCAGCUGGAAUUGGCGCUAUCAUUGAGAUCUGGAAAGUUAAGAAGGCCUUUAAGAUGACAAUCAAGUGGGUUGGCCUGAAACCAACAUUCCAGUUUGGAUCAUUUGAUGAAUCUGAAAAGAAGACUGAAGAGUAUGAUACUCAGGCCAUGAAGUACUUGUCGUAUGUACUUUAUCCACUGUGUUUUGGUGGAGCAGUGUACUCUUUACUAAACGUGAAAUACAAAAGCUGGUACUCCUGGUUAAUUAACAGUUUAGUUAAUGGUGUCUACGCCUUUGGGUUUCUAUUCAUGCUGCCUCAGUUGUUUGUUAAUUACAAGAUGAAAUCGGUGGCUCAUUUACCAUGGAAGGCUUUCAUGUACAAAGCAUUCAAUACCUUCAUUGAUGAUGUCUUUGCUUUCAUUAUCACUAUGCCGACAUCACACAGACUGGCAUGUUUCAGAGAUGAUGUUGUGUUUCUUGUCUACCUGUAUCAGAGAUGGCUUUACCCAGUGGAUAAAAGCAGAAUAAAUGAAUUUGGUGAAUCGUAUGAUGAGAAAGAGACUGAGGGAAAACUGCAUAAAGAAUAAUUUUUAAGAUUGGACUUCAGCAAGUAGCCAUAUCAAACAGCUCGGCUGCUUAUGGCACAGCUUCUUUCUUUAUCUUUUCUUUUGGGACUGCAGUAUGGAUAGAUUUCCAGCAGUGCAAACCUUUGGGAUUUGUAAUUUUUCAAAUUCUGGAUCCCAUCUCAUAAUGGUUAAACAGUAUUACUCUCAAAUAGAGCUUAAACGCAGAUUUAAAAAUAUUAUGUUGUUGUAUAGCAACACAAGAUAACUUUGUAACUCCAUGAUAUUUGAGUUAAGGUCCAAGAAAAAAAAUUGGCUUGGGCUUUUAACUAAAAGAAAGCCUUUUGAGGUAAGAAGUGGUGCAGGAUAAUAUUGCAACUUCAUAAGGACUGGGUUAUUUUAAACUCUUGCACUUGUACUCGGGCUUGAUAUCAGUUUACUAGCCUGCAAUUUUUUUUUGAGUCAUGGAGUGGAUUUAUGCGACAUUUACAAUGUGAAUGGCUUAUAGCAACUAAUGAUGUCAUUGCUUUGAUGUUGAUAUAGUUAAUAAUUGCAAGAGCUGUAGUUCUCCAUCCAUUGUAUUAGUAAAUCAAUUGUGAUUUGGCCAAAUGAAUGAAUGUUAACUCAAAUUGUUUGGCAUUGUGCAGCUUUUUUGUUGCUUCAUCUUGAUCACUUCAUUGAUUUAUGGAGGAUACAAUGGUUUGCAAGUUUAAUGUUUGGAAGCGGCAAUAUUUUGCUUGACUAUGUUGGAUUUUCAAAUAUUGAACUACCUCCUCAACACUUUGCUUUACUGAAUGGAAUCACCUGGUUCAUUGUUUAAUUUUAAAUCAUUUUUAGCUUAAUGAAAAGAAUCAAUUAAUAAAGAGGAACCAAUUUUCUCUCAUGCCAAAAUAUGGUAGUAUUUAAAUUGAUAUAUUUAAUUGGCCAUGUAUAACUUAAUACAGUAUCAGUUUUCUGGGGAAGUGUCAGGUUGAAAAACAUCCUCUUUAUAUCAAGUUUAAAAUUUGCUUCUCAUUCCAGAAUAGAUGCUGCCAGCUGAUCUAAAAGGCAUUGCUUUGUCUAAGUUUACCUGACGUUUGGUCGAAUUUGCUUUUUCGAUUUCAUUUGUCAAUAUGCAUUCCAUAUUUGUGACUGUUCAUAAAGUUAUUUUUACAACAUUCA